UGCUUUGGGCGGGCUUUGGGUAGAGGUCAUUAAAUUUAGACGUGUUUUGGCAAGGGUUAAAACCCAAAAUUUCGAGCCAAGCCGGAUUUAGACAAGCUUAAAAUUUAAUAAUUACGAACAAGGCCCGGUCUGAACCAAAACCCGACCCGGCCCGGCCCUUGGACAGAUCUAGUGUGAACUAUGGCCCUCUAAACCACACAGCAGCGCCCACAGUCUCCUGGCAAUUUAAACUAGGAAAGAAAUCCAGCGCGCGCGCAAUACCCGUCUCAACCCCCAUCUCAGAGCUAAUAAAACUCGUGCCCCAAAACCAACUACUAUAAAAAUGCAUGCGGAAUUCCAUCAAAAGCUUCAUACGCUUGAAAAACAAACAAAUCAAGGAAGCAAUGGAGUCCAAAAAACACACCUCGUUAAGCAGCAGCGACACCGAUCGCGGCUACGCCACCAUCUCCACUGCCCCGCCGAAGCGCCGGGCCGGGAGGACCAAGUUCCGGGAGACUCGCCAUCCGAUCUACAGAGGCGUGAGGCGCCGCGGCCGCGGUGAGGGACGAUGGGUGUGCGAAAUAAGAGAACCGAAUAAGAAAUCAAGGAUCUGGCUUGGGACUUACGCCACGGCGGAGAUGGCGGCCAGAGCUCACGAUGUCGCCGCGAUCACGCUCCGUGGCCGAUCCGCGUGCCUUAAUUUCGCGGAUUCGGCGUGGUUGCUCCCCGUCCCGGUCUCUCGUUCUCCGCGAUCUAUCCGGGCUGCGGCGGCGGUGGCGGCGGAGAGGUUUGGGAGAGGUGAGGAGGUGAAGGUGGGGACGGUGGUGGAGGGUGUGGCAAACGCCGGAGAUGGUCCGAGAGAUACCGGCGAUGAGGCGAUGGGAAGGAGUGAAUGGUUUGAUUGUGCGGAGAUGGAGAUGGCGGAGGGUUACUACUACGCGAGCAUGGCGGAAGGGUUGUUGCUGGACCCACCGCCGAUGAGUGAAUGUGAUGACGUGGAGUAUGAUGCUGACGUGGAGCUUUGGAGUUAUUCCAUCUGAUGAUGAUGAUGAUGACGC